UUAGUGAUAAAGAUUACCAAGUUGAAGGAUUGAAUUCACUUGAUGACAAAUGGCUUGCAAAAGUGAUGGGAUAUUUAGAAAGUAAGCUCAUCAUUUUAUACUAGAAAAUACAUGCAUGCAGAAACCCUCCCUCGACAAAACCAUUGUACUUCCGAACAUGAAGUAUUUAAAGUAGUUGUCAUGGCAACACAAUAAUUUUUUAAGAAUAUUUUUACAAAUGAAAAAUCCCCUAAAAAUUUCACUUUAAUUACAAAAUAUUACCAAUUUCCCAAACAUAAUACAUAUUUUUGUUAUGUAUGUUAUUAUACGUAAUAUAAGCUUCAAUUUAAGGUAAAAUUCAACCACAAACGCUUCCCAAAACGUUUUAAAGUGUUCUUUAUAAAACUAAACUGACUUGGCCUUAUCGAUAAACUUUGAGUUUGAAUUAAAAUUAUUUCAAAUUCUCGCAUGCAAAUAACUUUGCUUUCUCUUUUAUUUUAAAAAAAAUAAUAUAAUAAGAAAUGGUAGUCAAUGAAGUAUACACUGAAAUUAUAUGCUGUCUUGUUUCGUUCAUUAUACGCAACGUUUAUACGAUCGGCUUUUAAAUAAAUUAUAGAGCAAACAAUACAUUAAUAUUUAAAACAAACUUACCUUCGUUAACGUCGGCGCCUUUGCUCCCUUCUUUUAGCCAAUUCUUUCGCCCUUUUUUCUUAAAAAGCUUUUGAAAUUCACAAAAUCUUGCAAAAAUAAAAUAUAUUUGCAAGAAAUCAUCAAAUCAAGAAAUGUUUGCUAUUUUGCUGUCGUCAUGCAGUCGUUAUAAUGCAAAUUUUAUAUUUGACCAAUCAGUGUUCGUUAUUCAUGACAGUCCGCCAUAUUUUUGAGAUCAGUGAGGAUGACCACCCAUCGUUGGUCACCCACGCCCGCGAUCAUUGAUGAAGUUUAGACUUUGCUAAUGCUUUCGUUUCCCCGGGUGUAAGUAAAUAGCCGGGGGGAAUUAGUACCCUCGCCCCGGGCUUACGCCUGAAACGGCGUUGGCUCGGGGAUUACAUGAUUCAAUAUGGAGUGCUUCCAUAUUUGGCAAGUACGAAAUUUCCAUGACCGCAGGGGAGGAACAAAUCCUACUGUAGGGGUACUCCGAAUGGUUCCACGCCGGGCAAGCUCAAAAAUUGCUUGAGUGAACAUACUAAUUGAACAGGCAGGGCCGUAGCAACGGGGGGGGGGGGUCUGCGGCCUCCCCAAUAACUUGCUAAUAACCAUUCGUUUUUCAAAAUCAUGCAGACUUCAAAAUCAUGCAGGCUAUAACGCUGUUUUCUGUCCAUCAGUAUUCUGUCAAAUCUUCCCUAAAGUCCAGGAAAUGGAAUUUCAGAGAUUUUAAAUUUAAAAAUUUCCCCUGUAAAGUCACGCGCCUGCGUUCGACUCGGGCCUUCGUUUUCAGCCCCCAAAUCAAAAAGAGUCUACGACACUGACAGGUGCUUUAAAAAUAAAUAAGCCAUUUCCAUUGACUGUGAUUUAAGUCACCCAAUAUUUUGCCAGGAAUGUCAAUCUACUGUAAGUAUGAUUUAUCUGCCAACCUUAAACAUUUCCUGGGAAUUAACAUUACGGUCAUUAUUUAUGGGGGGGGCACCAAAGAGAAAAGAAUUGGGGAAAAACAAAUUUUGAGUAAGUGAAAGGUUGGUUAAAUGAAAAACAAAACAACGCAACGAUUUUGUAAUAAAAAUUUAUUGUCAUUUCCAAAGCAUGACUCAAAUAUUGAAGACUAAAAAGCAUGUCAACAGUCACAUGUGAAUGCAAUAUGUAAAUCAAUAAGAGUCACUAUCUUGAUCAUUUUCCGAUCUGUCAGGAGGCAAAUGGUAGUUAAUGGUGUCUCUAAAGAAAGUACAGUACAUGUGCAGACAACAUGAAACUUUAGACUGCAGAAAAUUGCACAAGCCGUUAUCAAACUCAUGUCACAGAAGUGGUAAAGGACAUGUGUGACAACUGAAUGGUAUCCUUUUGUAAAGUUUUUGGCCAGGGGUGGGUAUUUAUUUUUUAAUUGAUAUUUGAGGUUGUGGAAAAACAAAUUUUGGCUUUUUAAUGGUUGGAUCAGUAACAUUUUUACCAGGAAAAACAUUUCUCUUCGGUGCCAGUGCUGCCCCCCCCCCCCGCCAUAAAUAAUGACUGGUCCCUAAUACGUCCUGUCAUUCAGCUGUAACGAGAUACAGGUGAACACAGACUACGACUCACAUUGUCAUAUUGAAUCACUUUAGAUUUUUAUCAUCAACCGCUAGCAGAUUUCGUUGAUCAAAAUAAAAUCACAGAUUCUCAUAACGUUCUGGAAAUUGGAAAGGUACAUGUAGAGUAUAUUAUACAUGUACAUGUCCUAAUCUUGUGUGAAAUAUUUUCUAUGUUUUGAAACUUCAAUAAAAUACGAAAAAAUCGAAUAUUUACAAAACCUCCCAGAUCGUUUCUGUUGUAGGUUCUAAGUCUACUGCUGUGUUGCGCAGUUCAAGGAGAAAAUGUCAGUGAAUGUAUUGAUAAAAUCACAAGUUUGGAAGAGAAUCUGCAGUUUCAACUUAAGAUUAUCAUUGAAGCUGUUUUAAAAGAUUUGGAUGGUGGGAAGAUAGAUUCAGUGAAUGUUGCUGAUGUUCUAUGUCAAUCAGGUAAUACUAUAUAUUUUCCAUUGCGAUCGUGUUUUCCGCGCGAGACAAGCUGGCCAGUUUGAUUAUAUGCGCUGUACAUAUCGCAGUAUGUGUCUGUGGUUUUGUGCUUACUGUCACGCCAUGAAAGUUGAACUACUUUUGACUAUCUCCUCCGCAGAGGCUUACAUGAAGUUUCUAGUGAGGGAAAAGUGAGCGCGCAAGGAGUGAUGGGAAGAGCUAAAUAAAGGAAGCCUCUGCGAGUUAAUGCAAUCAAUAUGGCGUCGUAUAUAAUCGUUUGUAGAGAAGUUCGAUCAACCAUUGGGGGUGUUAAAACAUGUUUUCGACUUUCAUUUUCAGGCGUACUUGAGUAUCCUGGGGUGAAUUCAAUAUUAAUAUCUUCUUCUGUCCAUUUGCAUCGAAAAAUAUUGAGAAAUUGCAAACGAAUAUCAAUGGAUACGAGCUAUCUGAUUAUAAAUAUCCUCUCAAUUGCAACAUUUCUUUAUAAAAAUGACUCUAUUGAACUUCGACACUCAGAUUAUGAAGAUUCAUUUCAAUUUCUUUCACAUUUCCGUCGAUUUCAAGUUUAAAAAAAGGUCAAACAGCUACUUUGGUCAUUUCAAUCUUCCCAUCACACCGCGCGCGCUCACUUUUAGUCAGGAAACUUCAUGUAAGUUAUUUGUAAAUACUUUAAGAGGCUCUGCGGAGGAGAGAGCUACAUUUGACGUUCUUGGCAUUUCCGCCGCCUAUAAUGUUAUAUUUAGUAACACUUGUAAUGUAAACCAAAUUUUGGAGUAGACUGUAGAUGAUAAUAUUAUUCCAGUAUAAUUUGCAAUCAAUCACUCCCAGAAUAUUUGCGAGAGGCAGGACAUGAUUUACGCUUUUUGAUAGAUCCACUGAAUGUUUCUUUUGAUAAUGUAAGUCAAACGACGGACAGAAAGUUUUGCUGGAUGAAGCUCAAGAUGACCAAGUGGUGUUCAGUCUGGUAUCUCAAUGUCAUAUACGAAGUUCAGAAUUAUUUCACGCCAUGAGAAAGCUUAAAGUUACUCGUAUAAAACGUUUGAAUCUGCCAAGAAAAGAUUCGAGGAAGCGCGUCAGAGCGAACGAUUCAUUCUCUAUAAACGAUGCAUUCAUUCUCUAACGAUGCACGCAGAAUUAUAGAAAUACUUUAUAGCGUCAUCAACUUGUUAUUCAGAAUGGGGCCCAAUUCCAUCUGGUGUCCCCCAAGGAACUAAGUUAGGAUCUUGGUUAUUCAUUUUAGUGAUAAACGAUCUAAAAGCACUGAUCUAGAAAUGCUAAAAGUGACUCAAGCAGACUUCUGGAAGUACGUUGAUGAUUCGACAGUAUCAAAAAUUGUUCCGAAAGGCUCUAUUAAGGCCCGUUUACACGGGCGAUUUUUGCUGCGAUUUUAGUUGCGAAUUUCUCCUUUUGAAGGAUCUGAAGGAGUAGAUUACUUAAUGAUGAUGUUAUGAGAUUUCAUAACCUGGAACAUUUAUAACUCAUCCACUCCUUCACAUCCUCCAAAAGGAGAAACUCGCGCAUUAGCUAUAAUUUUUAUUGUUAAUUUAUAUAGGUAAACGUUAUUGUAUGUAUAUUAUAAUAAAUAUAACAUAUAUGAACUAUAUAUUAUGUUUAUAUUUGUAAAGUUUCAGUAUGGUUCCUCAUGCAAUUUAAAAAAUAUAUAUAUACUCGUGAGUUUUUCAAAGAUGUGUCGCAACAAAAUUGCGAGGCAAGUUGCACAGGCCAUAGUGUAACAGCGCUUUUAAAGAACGGCGAGGCAAAAUGAACACAAUGCGAAAGAGCCUAUGGUCAUAUUGAUUGUGAAUCUCCUUUCCAUAAUUGAUUAGGUUUCACAAUCUGAAUCUCGCAUGUGAUUGGCUAUUUGUAAUAAUAUCGGUUUGGGAAAUAAACAUGUACAAUACUCAAUAGUUAAUUACAGCCUGCCAAAUGUGAAAUAACUCUGUAUUGGCAUAUAUGCUGUAAUUAGACAUUGUAUAUGUUUAUUUUUCAAACCGGUCUGAUAUAUUUUCACAAAUAGCCAAUCACAUGCGAGGUUCAGAUAUAGUGUUUUCGUUUCGCCGUUCUUGAAGAGCCUCUGGAACUAGUGUCUUUCAAUUUGUAAACAAUCUUUGUAAAAAUGUAACCUAUCCUGCCUAUUGUUUUAGAAUCAUUUCAUGACGUUCAAGGAAUGAGUGAGGAAUAUCAUUCAUCGCCAAUCAUAAUGUCACCAGUAUCUCUCUAUAAUUCUCCCAUUAAAGCACUGAUGGCCUCUCCUCAGAUGCAAAGCAGGCAGAGUCAGGUAUUCUAUGAAUCUCUUUUUUAAUCUUAGAUGUUUUUGCGUGGACUGCAGUGUAGAAUGUUGAGUUUGAAUAUUAAUUUUAGGUGACAAUUUCUAAAUUGUACAAGAGAUUGAAUCAGUUUCAAAUAAAAAUCAACAACUUGCAACGUACACAGUCCGACCUUGAACACGAAAUUGAAGAGAAAAGAAAACAAAUUGAAGAACAAGGUAUAAUACCUGUUUUUAUUUAACAAAUUCCAGCUUUACAUCCAUACGUAGCGCUCGUGAUUUUGAACCAAGUUCUUUCUAUUUUAUUAAGUGCUUGAAUGUCAUUAUAUAGAGUUAAAAAUUCAAUCUUUGUCAAAAGAAGUGGCAAAAGUUCCUGCUUUGGAAGAGGAAGUAGAAUCGUUGUCUCGUUUUGAAACAGAACUGGAUGACGUUAACCGUGAAUGUGACAGGUUAGUUUAGAGUCGCGUGGUUUCUGUCUAAACUUGCUGAAAAAUAUCUACGUCUCUUAAGAAGAGGCUUUGUUUUAAACGUCUGAUUGCUUUAAAUUUUUGUCAGGUAGUUACUUUAAGACACAAAUCACGGCACCACAUUGUAUGAUUGAAGAAAACUACCUACUCCCGUGCAAAGUGGCCAUGGUACCCAUUAUACUGUUUUUCAAUUCCUGGAAUGAAAUACAACCAUCGUAUCCGCCGACGUCACUCCAUGUUUAACACCAGUUUAAGAAAAUCUAAACUACUCGUAUUACUUAAUUUAGUUUAAGAAGAUCCACCCAGGAACUGGAGAAGUACAAAGUACAAUUUCUUAAAUUGGAAAGGGAUUACUCUGAUAUUGCUGCGGAGAAACUGUCGGUGGGUACAUGUCUACCGUUACGAGAACUCUUUCUCUCUGAUAUUAGACAUGCUAAAACAGUUCGUGCGUACAGUUCUCCUUGAAAUUCUCGGAGUUUACAACGUAUAAUGUCAUUAUAUAAUCAACCAGGCAGUACAAUAUGUUACGAAAAAAUGAAAAAUUAAAUGAUGUAAUUAACUUUUUUCUCAGGAAAAACUUCGUUUUGAAAAAUGUUUGAAUGAAGUGAAGAAUAAUACCAAAGAGGAACUUCAGUGUGUCCGAUCGUUGUUGGAUGAUUCACGCAAAACUUGUGACCAAUUGAGAAGUAAACUUCAGGAUGCUUCUACAGCUGAAGAAACGACGAAAAAACAACUGUGUGAACAACAAAACCUUUGUGUACAGGAAAUCGAGAAACUAAAGAAAGCUCUAGGUAUUGUUUUAUUAAAUAUUAUUAAAUGCAGUACAAUGUCAAAACUUUUGAAUGAUAGCUGACUGUGUAACCUAACUGUGGUGUAACAAAGCAUUGGUAUAGGCUAUAAUUUAAAGUGCCCUAACCCCAAAAUUUGUUCUUAUCUAUGUUGGCAUGAUUUCUAGUAUUUCUGCGAAAACAAAAAUGAAUUUCGGCAAAUUCUCCCCAUUUUAUGACAGCUUUAAGUUGGUAAAUAUCACUUUUUGAUGGACCACUUCCGUCUGCCUCCUCCGUAGGCCCUUGUAACUUGUUGCGUCAUGGGAAGGUCACGCACAAUCUGGCAAGGUCUGCGGAAUCUUGUAAAAAAAAUGGCGCCGGCGUCACGUCAGCAAAUAAAUUUAUACAUAGUCUUGAAUAUAAACAGGAUAUAGAUAAGCGGCGUGAAACUUAUAAAUUAAAAUGGCCCAACGAAAAUGAAAAAAAGUAAUAAAUGUUUACGUAAUUUUUUUUAAUGUUUCGUUUCUAAGGGACUGUUUAUAUGGAAGCGAGCCAGCCCAGGUACCCGAGCUGGCUCGCAUCCCCGAGAUGAAUUUCACCACGCGUUUACACGAAACUUACAUCAAGGGCUGGCUCUUCGUGUGUUCUAAUUUUUUUUUGCGUAAACAACUCCAUAUAUGGAAGUUGGUUCCUUAUAUGGGAGUUGUUUGUGCAUUCUGAAUUAUUCUAAUUAAUUGCGCAUGCGUAUUUGCUAAAUUUCCAGCCCUACUAGGAGGGCUAGCCCUCCCUGUUGUGUUUAUAUGGAAAACUACCCAGCUCGUUUACCCGAGGUCUCGGGUCACACGAAGCGGGACCUCGGUUAGGCGGGCCAGCUCGGUUCUCAUAUAAACGCAACAUGAAAUUUAGUAGGAAAUAUUAACAAAGAUGGGAUCCCGCCUAAAGCGAGCUAGCUCGGGUACCCGAGCUGGCUCGCCUCAUAUAAACAGCCCCUAAUAUUCCUUUCGUUUUUCACUAUUUAUUCAUUUUACAAGAUUCCGCAGGCCCUCUCGAAAUCGUGACCUUCCCAUGACGCAACGAGGGCCUGCGGAAGAGGUAGUACUUCCGUGGCUACGAGGAGUCUGGAACGAAUAAAUUUCGUGACGUCAUGCGAGGUACUCGUCAAAUUUUACACUCGACCGUCUUCAAACCUUCGAAAAGUUCAAAAGCUUGACUAUAUGUUCAGCUUUAUCCGCUUACUGACUCGCAAAUUACAUUCUUGUUUACUGGAAAUCAUGCCAAAAUUUGAUAGCUCAAAAACAUUUGGUUAGGGGCACUUUACUAUAUAUAUAAAUUUAAAGCAAAAUGUUUAAAGAACUACGGCUACAAAAGGUCGUCAUAUGGUGGGAACCUAAUCUCUCGCUCCGCCCAUAUCCCGCGAAGUGUCUGGAGGAAACCCUGCGGGUUUGGUAGAUAUUACAAACUGGAAUCGCUCUUCUCACACACGACCGAGGUGAAAUUACAAUCGAACAUAAUCAUAACCGUGAAAGGCAUGCGUUGUCUCCAACAAAACUUCACGACGUUUUAACUUCAAUUGAGUAUUCGAGAAAUGGGAAAACUCAAUCCUGAAACGUUGCGAAAACAACACAUACCUGGUUUCGGACAAGAUAAAUAUAAGUUUAUUAAUCAUACUAUAUUUCUAAAGAAUGACUGUAUUUCUUUUAUUGUUGUUAACACUGUGAAGCUAAUGGAGAUUUGUAUUCGUUUUUAAGAUGAAGCAUAUAAUACUGCAGUAUUUUAUAAGAAUACAAAUAUUCGUCUCGUAUAAAGACGAUCGUGUUUUUGAUUACACAAUCAUAUUGGGUUUUUUCUUAUUAGCUGACUCAAAAGCUUCAAGAGACAAACUUUGUUUGAAAAAUGACCAAGAUGUACUUCGACAGAUCGCAAGGGAGGCAGAGUUGAAGCAAUGUUUCCGAGACAGAGAGGCAGCUUUGCAAACCUCGGUAGACCAUGUUCAGCUUCAAAAUUGUGAGCUAAAACGAAGUAUGGAACAGUUACAGAUUAGUUUAAACAAAGAAGUAAAAACGAACACAAAUCUUGAAUCGUCUUUGGCUCUUUCUGAAAGUAAAUUAACUGAAGUUAUUUGUAAAUAUGAACGUCUGCAGUCUGACUUUAUUUCUCUUGGUGACGAAAGCAAGAAAACGAUAAGCAAAAUACUUGCGGAAAAGGAUUGCCUUCAUGAAGCUAUAAUGAAAACACAAGCUGAUCGAGACGUGGAAAUUGUUCUACUUAAGAAAACGAACGAAGACCUUCAGGAACAGUCAAGGUAG